AUGCCGACAAGUCUUCUUUUGGCUCCAACGCAAAUGAGUAAAACUGAUUUAUCAUCAUCAUCACCAGCUACAACACUCGAUCUCUCUAUCAAAUCAUCAUCUACUAAACUAUCUAAAUCAUCUGAACGACAAAUGUCGUCGUCGUCAUCAUCAUCAUCAUCAUCAUCGUCGUCGCCGUCGUUGUCAUCAUCAUCAACAACGAUAGCAAAAACAACAACAGUGCACAAAUCUUUAUCACCAUCGAAAGUUCCGACACCGACAACUGAUCCUGGUGGGGGUUCAACAACAGAUAGUGACGAAGUAAAAGUAUUUGGAUGUGAAAAACAUGAAGAAGAUGUUGAUGUCGAUGGUGAUUCUAGUAGCGAUCGACUUUCACCCGUUGUUAAAGAAGAAGAGUCGUUACCACAACAAGGACUAUCAACAAGUCUUGGAGAUCGUUUGAACAGUGAACAUCAAUUCCACAGCUUUUUUCCAUAUUUCAUUUCUCCUUAUUAUCAUGCAGCGGCAGCAGUCAGUAAUGCUACAACACCUUUCGAUAAAAUGGCUCCAUUGGGUUCUUUAUCAAAGUUUAUGUCACCACCUCCUGCUCAUAUGUCUAGUACUAAUCUAGGCAUUGAUCCAAAUACAGGUGUUCCUAAUUCAAUGUAUCCAUUAUCAUCGCCAUCUUCUUUUCAAUCACUUUAUGCUCAGCAUUGGCGUUCACCUAUGUUUCCAUUUGUAUUUCCGCCUGGAUAUCCAUUUUCUCCAGGUGUUCUUUCUCAAGGUUCACCGUCAACACAUACCAUCAGUGGACAUUCAUCAUCAAUAACAAACCAAAGCAACCAGUCGUUAUCACAAAAGCGAUCAACAACACAUAGAUCCAUGGAUAACAGUCCACAAGAUCAUCAUCAUCAUCAUCAUCAUAAACUUUCAAUGUCUCAUGAAGAUAAUAAAGCAAAGAAGGCUCAUAUUAAAAAACCAUUGAAUGCUUUUAUGUUAUUUAUGAAAGAACAACGAGCUCAAGUUGUACAAGAAUGUACUUUACGUGAAAGUGCAGCAAUAAAUCAAAUUCUUGGCCGAAAAUGGCAUGAACUUGAUCGAAAUGUUCAACAAAAAUACUAUGAUAUGGCACGAGAUGAACGUAUGAAACAUAUGCAACUGUAUCCAGGAUGGUCAGCUCGAGAUAAUUAUGGUUCAAGAAAAAAGCGUGGCACUAAAGGGAAAAAAAGAGAAAAAAGUCAAGGUGAAAAUGGAGAAUGUCUCAAUCAGAAAAAAUGUCGAGCAAGAUUUGGUCUUGAUCAACAAUCGAAUUGGUGUAAACAUUGCAAACGAAAGAAAAAAUGUCUUCGUUAUACAGAAGAUGAAACAGCUUGUGAAGGACCUAAUUCUGUUGGUGGUGGUUCAUGGAGUGAAGACGAUGAUCCUGAUAAUAUUGAUGAUUCAGGAGAUAUUAUUGAUCAUUGUGGUACGCCAAUGAUGGAACAUCCAGACGGAAGAAAUACUCAUGAUACGAUUGAAGGUAAUCAUUCACCUCAUCAUGGUGGAAUAUCCAUUGAUUCCGAUGAAGAAAAUAAGUCACGUAUAUUAAUGCACCAACAACCACCAAAUUCAAACGGUAGUGGUUCAUCUUCAUCGACAAAUGGUGCCGUGCCAAUGGCAAUCAUGACUGCAACAACAUCAUCAUCAUCAAGAAAAGACUCAUCAUCAUCAUCUUCAUCACCACAAACUUCGCUUCUUCAUCCUUCGUAUCAUCGAUAUUCAAUAGGGCCAACAGGACCUCAUUUUCCUUCACCUCAUCAUCAUAAUAUGUAUUUUGAUUCAUUUUUACAACCAACAUCGAUGUCUCUUGUAAAUGGACUUAAACGAGAGAUAUAG